AAUCAAAGAAAAGAAAAGCAACCCCAGCCUUCGCUUAUAAAACAGGCACCACCCCGAUCUCGAUUCUCCCCUUUUCCUAGGCUUCUCACUCUCCUACCUUCUUUCCCUUCUCUUUUGUACCACCACCUUCGUCAUAGAUCGAUCGCUCUCUGCAAAUUCGGAGCUGGCUAGCGGCUUCCACGGGUAUACGCAAUGGGCUUCUCCGUCGAGUAUUCAGGCGUUGUUGUCGCCCAAUUCUUGCACCACCAUGCGGCUCUUUUGCUAUUUAUGAUUCGAGGUUUGUUCUAUUGGGUGCUCAGAUCCCUCGGCGCGUCAGAUUACCUCCUGGACGACGAGCUAAGCGAGUUCCCUUCUUCGAUCUCCUCUUCCUCUUCCUCGUCUUGGGUUUCAGCGGAGGUUAUAAGAGAGAACCUGCAGGUGGUAACUUUCGCUUCUCUUGGAGGGAUCAAUGGGUGCUCUGAGGGCGGAGGGGGCAGCAGCGGCGCCGCCACUGCCAUUACAUGCGCCGUGUGCCUAAACGAGUUCAGGGGAAAGGACAAGGUUAGGGAGUUGAGAAACUGCUGCCACAUCUUCCACAAGAAAUGCUUGGACAGAUGGCUGGAUCUCGAUCAGAAGACGUGUCCUCUUUGCAGAACGCCCUUUCUAUUGCCGGCUUCCGGUGAUUGCGACAAGGGCGAGACGAGUUGGUGUGUGGAGCACCUCCUUUAUCUCUUCGGCGACGACCUCCUCUCUCCUUAUUAUUCCAGUUGACAAACAGUCUCCGCCCCAUCUGUGGUUCAUUUUUUCCCCUCCCACCUCACCAACAAGAUGGGUGUACAUAACAAAUAUCAUUACUCUUAGAUCUCGUAGCGCCUCGCUCUUGAGCUGCCUCCUCCUUUUUCUCCUUCUUUUCUUUUCCUUCAGGCGCAAAAGAAUGGGGGAAAAGAUGAGAGGCUUGGUUGGCUAUUUGUUUGCAUUUGUUUGAUGGAAACGAUGAACGAUUAAACGAGCCCGAUGGUACAUCGUUGCUUCAGAAGUAUAUAUAUAUAUAUAUAUAUAUAUAUGUAUAAAAGUGAAAUUGUCGAUUUCAAGGGCCAUUUUUUGUGCCUUGUUUCAAGAACUUUGUUGCAUUUGCA